AAUGAGGGAAGGGGAAGAUGACUUGUGCCUCUGCCGUCAUGAAGUUGUUUCUUGUGGCUGUUCUCUUGGCCUUCCUUGCUGUUGCUCAUCUAGCCGCAGGGAAGAAGCUCCGCUGGUGCACGCUUUCCCCCCUGGAGCAGAAGAAAUGCUCUGAGCUCUCCAAAGCACUUCUGUCUGCUUUGUCGCCUGUCCCCAGCAGUCCUUUUAAGAGGGUUUCUUGCAUCCUAGCCCACAGCACCUAUGACUGUAUCAACAAGAUUCGGGAGAAUAAAGCUGAUGCCGUGUCCUUGGAUGCCGGAGACGCAUACUCUGCCGUAAAGCUUUAUGGCUUGACUGUGGCGGCCAAGGAGAUCUAUCGGGGAGGUAGCUGUGUGUUUGCAGUGGCUGUAGCCAAGCGUGGAACGCUGGAUGUCCAAAGGCUCAAAGGAGUCCGAAGUUGUCAUAAUGGAGCUAGGUGGACUUCGGGCUGGAAUAUUCCCAUGGGCUUCCUCUUAGCUAGGAGCGACCUGAUGUGGGUCUCAGGCCAGCCCCUCAGCCAAGCGAUCAGUGGUUAUUUCAAUGCCAGUUGCAUCCCUGGCAUCGAAGCUACCUAUCCCAAGCUGUGUGCUCUCUGCCAAGGGCCGAAGUCGUACAUCUGGGACAAGAACCAUUUCUGCGAGGCCAGCCCUCGUGAACCCUUCUACGGCUCAGAGGGCGCCUUCAGGUGCCUGAAGCUGGGGCUGGCAGAGGUGGCUUUUGUGGAUCACCUCACAGUCAUGAGUGCUACAGACUGGGAACGGGAAGAGUACGAGCUGUUGUGUCCUGAUGGAUCCACUGCGCCUUUGAUGGCCUACUCUACUUGCAACCUGGGCAGCGGACCAGGCCGCGCAAUUGUCACACGCCGCAACUUGCAGAGGACAGCGAAGAAAUUUCUCAAGGUCAUUCAGCACCUGUUUGGAAGCAGCGGAAAAGAAAAGGCCAGGUUUGAGCUCUUUGCGUCUGCGCCAUUCAGAGGGAGGGACCUGCUGUUCCUUGAUGCCACUCAGCACCUGCAGCUGCUGGGAGAAGAGACGGAGAUCAGCCAGGUUCUUGGCCUGGACUACGUCACCCUCCUGCAGGGUUUGGGACACGAAGGGAGCUCUCUGUCCAACAGCCUAGUGCGCUGGUGCUGUAUCAGUGACCUGGAGCUCCGUAAAUGUGAGGAGUGGGCUCUGAAUGUCAGGUCCGACCCCCUGGUCUGUGUCCAAGCAGACUCCAUGAUGGGCUGCCUUGAGCUCAUCAAGAAAAACGAGGCAGAUGCUGUCACGCUGGAUGCCACCCAUGCAUACUUUGCGGAGACCUGCGCACUCGCCCCUGUGGCCGCAGAGUGUUACGGAGAAGAAUGUGCUUCUUCCACAAGGGAGGAACCGGACCUGCGGAGCCACACUGGGGGUCUUCCUCCACUCUACUUCGUAGUCCUGGUAAGAAAGGCCAACCAGCAAGUAAGCCGAUACUCCCUGAGGGGAAAGCGCUCCUGCCACAGCCAUGUGUACAGCCCAGGUGGGUGGCUGCUGCUUUCACAGUACACUGUUGGGGCCCUGGAGAAUGGCAGCAGCACCUGCAACCUCACCUCUGCAUACCAGAAAUUUUUUUGGAAAGGCUGCAUGCCAGGAGCCAGUGGAAACCUCUGCAAAGUGUGCAUUGGACAAGAGGGGAGAGUCAAGGCGUCCUCCAGGUGUGCCGCUAAUCAUCACGAACGGUACUAUGGCAACCUGGGGGCCCUCAGGUGCCUCUUGGGUGACCCCACUGGGAGAAGCUUCGGUGAUGUGGCUCUCUUGGAACAUCAUAACCUACUUCAGAACAUUGAAUAUCUGAAUAGCUCGGGAUGGGCCGCUGGCUGCUCUCCCGGGGAUUUUGGACUCCUUUGCCCAGAUGGGAGCCGAGCACCCAUAACCAAUUGGAGGACCUGCAACCUGGGCGCUGUUCCUCCCAGCGUUGUGGUGACCCGGCCGGUGACUGUCACUAAGAUCCAGGAUUUCCUGGCAAAGUCCCAGGAAUCAAGCAAGACAAGUGGUUUUCAGCUCUUUGAGUCGCUGAGAUACGGAGGAAGCGACCUGCUCUUUAAAGACGCUACUCAAGGCCUCGUCUUCACAGGCCAGGUGGACUUCAAGUCGAUUCUUGGAGAGUCUUUCUUUCAGCUUGCCCAAUCCGUCUUCAGCUGCACCUCUGCAGGUAUCCUAGACUUUUGCGAGCUGGAUACUUGUACCUCCUCCACAUAGCCUUGAGGUUAUCCAGAGAAGCUCCCUCCAACUCUGCCAGCUAAAAGAAGAUGAAGACGCUACACAAGCUUUUGCUGUUCUGUUUUACCAAUUCUGGUCUAUGGCAAUCUAAUCUAAUCCUCCAGCAUCUCUUAGAAAAUCCAUUUUUGAAUGUAUCCUACGUGGUAUGUUAGCGAAUGAAAAAGGCCUCCAUGCCAUAGAUUAACUCUCCCUUCCAUCUCGAGGACGCCGAAUCCCAGCCAGGUUUUGGCUGCACCUGCCACCUUUUCAG